AACCCACCAACAAAAAAUUGCUGAAACUGAAGCCGCGUUGGACAAAGGAGAGAAAGACCCAUGCCAACCGCCAUUAACACACCUCCGCCCAGAAGAGGGCUGCGCGUCACCUACUCCCACCUCUACCAAUCAUUAAAAGUAAAAGCAACGUAAACCCCUCCAUUAUUCCUCCUUUCCCCCUCUUGAUUAUAAGGAGGGGGAAAAAAAUACCCUCUAAAACAGGGGAGCUAUCCUCCUUUUUCCUCCUUUUCGUGAAAAGCCCCGUUUAUGGCGAGGGAUUAGGAAGAAAGAGUGUGCUGUUGCGAUGUGGGGACUGUUUGGUUAGCUCCAAGAGGAACACGAAAGCAAAGAAUGGAGCGUGUGACGACAAAAGAUGAUCGCAUUUCUCAUAUCUGGGUAACGUAAACCAGAGGAAGAGGAAAACACAGUGCUCUUAUAUAGUUUUUCCCCCCUUCUCUUCUCUUCUCUUCUCUUCUCUUAUGGUAACUCGAAACCAACUCUCCGCGGCUCCAUUCCCUUCUCUCUUUCUGUAUUGAGUAAUUCCUACCUCCUUCGUGAAACCCAACUGAAAAAGAACCCAACUUUUGAAAAACCCACCUGGUGAGUUCUUCCGUAUUUCUUCCUCUGUUUUUUUCUUCCUCCUUUCGUCUUUUCCGUUUCUGAGUUUCUUCUGAUUGUAACUUGUAACUUCCCACCAACAACAAAAGCUAUGUUGCUUAGAAACCCAAUUUCCAACACGAAACGCUUCUUACAGCGAACCCUACAAAGCGUCAAGUCUCUCUUCUCCACCGGCAGCUCCAAUGCUGACUACCACAAGAUCCCCAAGACCCCGCCUUUCGCCGCCAUGGACAAGACAUCCGGCGUCGGAGGAAGCUUCGGCAGACGAAGAAGCAAGGACGGGUUCGACAGGCUGUACGUGGACUACAGCGACCGGUGGGAGAAGAAGAAACCAGCCGAAACGAGGACCGUUAAGGACAGAGAAGGAAACUGUUCGACGAAAUGCCCCAGAGAGGUUCAGGCGAGGGUUAAGAGCAAGAGGUAUCAAGCAAGAUCAACAUCGCUGCCCAAGAUGGGACAUGGUGGCGGCGGUGAUGAUAAUGGAAAGGAGAAGCUCUCGUCGAGGGAGGAAAGGAGCUGGCUUGUGGCGCGGAAGCUGAAAGAGCUCCAGAUGAUGGAUAUGGGCGAUGUGGAUCAUGUUCUCGACAUCGAGGAAGUGAUUCACUACUACUCUCGACUCAGCUGCCCUGAAUAUGUCGAGAUCGUCGACAAGUUUUUCAUGGAUGUUUAUGCCGAGUUCUUCUCUCCGGCGGCCGCCACUCCGGUGAGUGUCAAUUCGAGAUCGAGGUCCAGCCGGCUGCUGCGGUCGUAAUGAGAAGUCGUGGGAGAGCUUUCCUGUCAUGUUCUUGUAUCAUCGUUGAAGGAUUGAUGACUUGAUUGUAGUUUGCUUUUCUCUGUUCUUAAUUUCAUUUUUUCUCCUAGUGUGUCAUUGUAUUCUUCUGAUCUAAUUGUCAUUUCCCUUUGUUCAUAAAUAAUUGAGCUACUGACCAUGAUUGUUUCUCGAACUUCAUUUUUUUUUUCUCUCCAUGGGUUUAUAUAUAAUACAUUGAGCUUUGCAUA